AUGGACGCCAGCUGUCAGUGCGGAGCCGUCGGCUUCAAGACGCCCACACCAAAACCACUUGCGUUGUACAUCUGCCAUUGCCAGGACUGCCAGCGGCAGACCAGCUCGGCGUUUGGCAUGUCAGCCAUCUAUCCCAGGUUCCAGCUGCCGGAUGCCGAACGCUUGACUCAGACCGGACAGACGUUGUAUUGCUACUUCUGCAAGCAAUGCGGUACUCGCCUGAUCCACACAACUCCAGGCAAGAAUGUCGUCUCCGUCAAGGGCGGGUGCGUAGAGGGUCUCGAUUGGAGCAAGGCUAUUCAUAUUUGGACGAAGUCGGCCAUGGUCCCAAUCCCAGAGGGAUCCGAGACCUACUCCGAAGACUCUGGAAGUACCGACUACGGGGAUACCAGUACCGGACUAAUUGGAUGA